GGGAGGCAGUUGCAUUCGAUUGCCAGCAUUUUCAUCAGCGGAAAAGCCAGAGAGCAGCGAAAAGCCGGACAAGGAGUGAGAAAGCGAGAGCGGAGAGGGAGAGGCAGAACACAUUCGCUGGGGUGGUAUGUGGAUAAAUUUUAGCCGCCAUGGAUCCCAGUGCUCUACAAAACAUGGAUCGGGACGCAUUAAAGAAGCAAAUCGAGAAUAUGAAAUAUCAGGCCUCCAUGGAGCGCUGGCCGUUAUCUAAAUCCAUAGCAGAAAUGCGCUCGUUCAUCGAGGAGAACGAGAAAAACGAUCCGUUGAUCAAUGCGCCGGAUAAGAAGAACAAUCCGUGGGCCGAAAAGGGCAAAUGCGUUAUUAUGUAA